UUUCCCGUAAAUACAUACGUUAUUGUCAUCGAACUAAGGUCGAUUGACUAAAACGAUGCAACGGCUUCUCAAAACGUAAUGUACGUCGCGGCUUUGAAGGCUAUAUUGAGAGUGCAUAAGUGUUGUUUGUAUGUCACACAGAAGUGACCUAGUUUACAAAUGAAUUUUCGUUUCUGAUUUUCUUUAGCUAUGACCCUACAGUGAGUGUUGAAGUCGGUGGCCUCCGUGAGACAGUAGCGAUGCUGCCUCGAAAGUGAGUUCAUGGCUGAUCGUAGAAUGUAGAAGAAAGCAAAUGAUUUCGUUUAAUUCACUCAGAAUGCAGAUUUUUAUGAAAUAUGAGUGUCAUCGCGUUUUUAGCGAACGAGACAAUUAGGUUACGUUGACAAAAGGAUCACAGUUCUUUGCGAGAAUUGAACAACAUAAGAGCUAUUUGUAAACCUAUGUUCAUUGAAAAAGAGCAGUAGGCCAAGAUGAAAUAUGAUUGUUCGAGCUUUCAUAUGGUGACAUUAAAUAACCAUUACAUAGUUCUAAUGAAUUGUCUCUUACAAAUUGGGCAUUACAUACUUGUACAUAUGAGCAGUGUAUAAGCAGUCUGCUUACAUUCACAAAAUGCCACAUAUAACACGAAAAUGGGAACUUUUCCCAGGUAGAAAUCGAUUUUGCUGUGAUGGUAGAGUAAUGAUGGCACCACAAACUGGGGUGUUUUAUGUGACCGUGUGCCUCAUUGCUGGAACAAGUGGAUUAUUUUUUGCUUUUGAUUGUCCAUUUUUAGCAGUACAUAUAACACCUGCUAUACCAGUUAUUGGUGGUUUGCUAUUUAUUUUUGUAAUGUCUGCUUUGUUCAGAACAAGUUUUAGCGAUCCUGGAGUUAUUCCAAGAGCAACACUUGAUGAAGCUGCCUAUAUUGAAAAAGAAAUUGAGGUACCAAACAAUGGUAAUUCAAAAAUGUAUAGACCUCCACCUCGAACAAAAGAGGUAUUAGUUAAAGGGCAGCCAGUAAAAUUAAAAUAUUGUUUCACUUGUAAAAUAUUUAGACCGCCAAGAGCUUCACAUUGUAGCUUAUGUGACAAUUGUGUAGAGAGGUUUGAUCAUCAUUGCCCAUGGGUAGGAAAUUGUGUUGGCAGAAGGAAUUAUAGAUACUUUUAUGCUUUUAUUGUGUCCUUGGCAUUUCUUUGUGUUUUUAUAAUUGCAUGUGCUGUUACGCAUUUAAUAAUGCUUACAAGAGAUGAUAGACCAUUUUUAGAAGCAGUAAGAAUAUCUCCUGGAAGUGUUGUGGUAGCAGUUAUAUGUUUUUUCUCUGUUUGGAGUAUUCUUGGUCUUGCUGGCUUUCACACAUAUUUAACUACUAGUAAUCAGACAACUAAUGAAGAUAUUAAGGGAUCAUUUUCCAUUAAAACAGGCCAAGAGAGUUUUAAUCUGUAUAGUCAAGGAAAUAUAUGUGGAAAUUGUUUUUAUGUAUUGUGUGGACCAGCACCACCUAGUUUAAUUGAUCGAAGAGGUAUAGUUACGCCCGAAUAUCGUGCAGAACAGGAAAGAGUUGGCGGUGACAGCGUAAUUACUAAUAAUAAAACCUAUGGUACUGUGAAAAUUGUGCAACCACAGUCUAAUGGUACAACCGUUCAAACAAAUCCUAGCCCAGACCUCACAGGUUCUAUGAACAAUCUCGUUUCUGGUCAACAUUCGCCACAAAUAGAAUCUAUAAACGGUGAGUUAAGUCUUUUAAGGCACACUGCUCGUUAUCCUGAGGAUUUUCCAAAGUAUCCGCGUCAGUAUAUUAAUGAUAUUUAUGCUUCGGCAUAUCGCCGACAAUAUUGUUUUCAGGAAUCUAUAAAACAUGUAAAAUAUGAUACAGAAAUAGGAAAUCCAGAUUUUCAAAAAUAUCCAUGUAGGUGUGAGGAGAAUUUACAUAAAUAUUCUCAUAGGUGUAAAGAAGAGUAUCAUAGAUGUUCGGAUAACAAUUUAAUAUAUGAUCAGUGUGUCGUUGAUCAAAAAUAUGGUAUUGAUCUUCAAAAAUAUCCGCAAAGAUAUUCUGAGGAUCCUAUACGAUAUAAAAUUGAUGAUAAAACUGGUUAUACAGAUCUUCAAAAAUUUCCACAAUGCUAUUCCGAAGAUCCAUUACGAAUUUCUCAGUCUCAACAUACUCUUAAAUAUAAUAAUUUGAGAUGCACUGUUCAUGGUUUAAAAUAUCCAAUAUCAAAGAAUCUUUUGCCAACUGUCGUAAUGUCACGAAUAUUAGGAGCAGGAGGAAUGCCAAUUAUUGGUCAAAAUGCAAUAGGACUUGCAGUUAAUAGAUUUGGUUCUGGACCUUUGACUAAUGCUUUCUCUUACGCGGAAAAUUCUUUAUGUCCAAGUGAUAGUACUGAAGAAGAUCUUUUAAAUCGAAGAUUUAUUAUGAGUAGUACUACAAACAGCGUGAGUCAACUUGUUACCAAUGAAGUACCACUAGCAUCACUUAAUAUAGCUCCAAUUGAUAUCGAUGAAAUUGCUCCGCUGCCUUCCCGUCAGAGUGUCGUGGUUUCAUCCACAUUGGAUACGUCCUCUAUACCUUCGGUAACUGUAACAACACCUUUGUCUGCAUCUAGACUUAGAUUGUUACAAGACACUACCAUGAUAGAGUCUGCUUUAGACUUAGAUUCGUUGGAAGAUGCAAGCGUUGGUAGAGGCAGUCAAGCAGGACUUAUAAAAAUGGGAGCAGUUUAAAUAACUAAAUCUAUUUUAUCUAGUUAGAUUUUAUCUAGUUAGAUUAUAGAUUAAGUUUUUAUCUAGAUAGAUUAUAGACUUUUAAAGCCAUCGACGUUUACCAAAGAAUAGUGCAGGUCGAACCUUUAUUUCUUUCCUAUUAUACUCGUAUGUACUUUUUUAAAAUGUAAUGGUUAUUACAUACAGUGUAGACUUACAGU